AUGUAUGACGACGGUGAGAAAGAUGUUGUCGACACCACAAACAACAACCCCAAUUAUGAUUCUCCCUUCUAUCUCCACCACUCUGAUUACCCUAGACAGAUGUAUGUUAAUGACAUGCUCACAGAUGGAAACUAUACUGGCCGGUCACAAGAGAUGUUGAAUUUCUUGUUUGCCAAGAACAAGGUUGGGUUUAUUGAUGGAACCAUCGAAAAACCGGUUGUCGAUUCCAAGGAUUACAUGCCUUGGAUGAGAAGUGAUGCCUUGAUAAAAGGAUGGCUGGAUACUACCAUGGUGGAGGAGAUCAGAACAAGCGUCAAGUAUGCUUCCACGUCUCAAGAAAUUUGGGAAGACUUGAAGGAACGCUUUGGAAAAGAAACUGCUCCUAAGGCGUAUAAAUUGAAACAAUCUAUGUCUAUGGCUAGACAAGAAGGAUUAUCUGUGUCAGCUUAUUAUACCAAGCUUUAUGGGAUAUGGGAUGAAAUAUAG